ACUGAAACCACUCUAUGUGCGGGUGAUCUUGUUUUAUAUUUUUCAAUUAUUGCUUGCCCCUCGUAUGUCGUCAAUCGCACAUUUUGGCAACCACUAUUCACCACCGAACCGGUUCGCGCAUGCCCAGUUGUGUUUGAAAGCCACACAUGUUUGAGGGGCGGUAACCAAACCAUAAAGCCGCAACUUUGACGUUUUGCCGAACGCGUUUUCUUUCAGUUUUGUUGAAGACGUCGUAGUGUGAGUUAUAUCGAGUGCGUGCAAAAAACCUCGCGCUAAAAAUUCAGGCGGUAACAAUACGAGCAGCAAUGGAGGAGGAAAACAACCAAUCUGGUAAACCUUUCAAAAUCACAAAUGUUACCAGAGAGAUCCGCAAAGGUAUAGUCUCAACAUCCCUAGAAGAUCUAACCUCCAAAGUUCUGGAUAAACUGGAGGUUGAGGCGCCGGUAACGGUUGUUUUGGAGGCGGACGGUACGGAAAUUGACGAUGAAGAAUAUUUCGCAACCUUGGAACCGAACACAAGUCUGAUGGUGUUAGGUAACGAGCAGACUUGGGUGCCCCCGACACCACCCUGUCGGCUGAAGAAACAGGAUGAGGUGGACGACGGUAGAGGAGGUCCAGAGUUGGUGGAUCUGGUGGGCAAGCUGAAGCACAACAUCUGUCACGUGUCUCUUUUAGGAGGUGAGGAGUUGGAGAUGCUCAGCGACAUGGACCCCGACUCUCUCGUCGACAUCACCUUUCCAGACAAGAUCUUCCUAGAGCAACUCAAAGAGGUCUCUGGGCGUUUCUUAUGUGAAAAGCGACAGGCGCAGGAUGCGAUGGACCUCCUAAGGCUCUACCAUGAGAAAGAGGCGGCUGAAGGAGAGGGGAAUUGA